AUGUUAAAUAAGAUUAGUGAUUACCUAGGGAUAAAUAUUAACAUUAGAGUUUUGAAAGAAGAUGAAAAAGAUGAGUUUUUAGCAAACAGGGGUCAAGUAUUUCAAGAAGUUGGUAAUUAUAAAAAUAUCGAUGUACAAAUAAAUACUUUGAAAACCACUAAUGAAUUAAAAAACAACACUCUUUAUUUAGUUGAGGACAUAACGGCGGUGGAGUUGGGGGAGAUUAUUCGCAAACCAGUUGAUUUACUGACUGAUUAUUGUCGAAGCACCAAAAUAGAGAUAAAAAAAAAAAGUGGAAUAAACUUUAGCCAAAUUGCUCAAGAAUAUUUAAAAAAGUGUCACUCCAAAGAACUACUGAUGUCCCGUCCGCCAAUUGUCACCAUUAUGGGUCAUGUCGACCAUGGUAAAACUACUUUGUUAGAUACUAUUCGCCAAACUCAGGUUCAAAAAAAGGAGGAGGGGGGAAUAACCCAAAAAGUUACAGUUUCUCAAAUCGAAUUUCAGAACCAAAAAAUUACUUUUUUAGACACUCCUGGACAUAGUGACUUCAUUAAAAUGCGACAACAAGGAAUUUCCUUAACUGAUUUAGUAGUGUUAGUAAUUGAUGCUAAGAGUGGAGUAAUGGAACAGACUAAGGAAAUUAUUAGUUACCUUUGUCAAUAUGAAUUACCCGUUAUUGUUUUUAUUAACCAUAAAAAGUCAGUUGAAACUAACAAUGAAAAUAAUUUAAACCGAAUUAGAGGCCAAUAUCAACAACUAGGAUUGACUCCCCUCGAAUCAAUCUCGGGCAGCGCUCGAGAAAAAACCAGUAUCCAAAACCUGUUGGAAAUUAUUUUACUCUUUUCAAUCGAUUUUAAAAUCAAUCACUCUGAUACUACCCAUGGAGUAGUGAUUGAUAGUUAUUUACACUCCCAAACCGGCUCGCUAACCAGUGAGUUAUUAAUUCAGGAUGGAGAAUUGAAAGAAAAAGACACUAUUUUUCUCAACGGAAGAUUUGGAAAAGUUAAAAUGAUGUUCGACCUUCAAGGUCAGAAAACCACCACUGCCCAUCCGAGUGACCUAGUUCGAGUGAUCGGUCUAGAUACUUCGGCCGAAAUAGGAGAUCGAUUUUUAGUGAUCAACAAUGAAGAAGUGGCUACCUCAAUAGAGAAGGCAUUAGCCAACCACUGGAGCAAAAAUAAAAAAAUAACUUCGCUUUCUUCCCGCGAGAAAAAAGACAUUAAUUUAGUUUUAACGGCGGAUAGUCAAAACAGUCUGGAAGCCCUGCUAGAACUCAUCAAAAAAAAGGCCACUUCUAAUUUAAACUUUUCCAUUAUUCAUGCCACCGUGGGAAAUUUAAGCACUUUUGUUCUUAAUUUAGUCAAAAUUACGAAAAGCACGGUUAGUAAAAUUAUAUAUGAAAUCGGUGACCAAUUAGACAAAAUUAUCGACAGCCAACAAGAGGUAGAAGAAGUAGAGGAAAUAGUCGGAACCGCAAUCGUAAAGAAAGUUUUUUAUUUUUCCAAAGGCAACAUUGCUGGCUGUCAAGUAACCAAUGGUAAAAUUAACCGUAAUAACCGAAUUCAUGUGCUCCAAGGAAAAGAAGAAAAAAAAAUUUUUAGUGGGGAAAUUAAAAGUCUAGAAAGCAAUAAUGUAGAAAAAAAAGAAGUCAGUGCUGGUCAAGAAUGUGGAAUUGUUCUCAAAGGAUUUGACAAUUUUCAAGAAAAAGAUAAAAUAGUUGCCUUUCAUCUAAUCAAGCGAAAUGUUAUUCAAGAAAAAUAG